AACGAAACGACUACUGAGAGAGAGGAAUUGAAAUCAGUGGUUGGAAUUAUCCAUGUAACUUAUCUUCCUCCCACCACACACAGAGAGAGAAGGCCGAUUAUGGCUGCCACCGCCGUCACCGGCACCACCUUCUUCCCUUCCUCUCUCCCAAAACCACCGCCCUCCCAUAAAUUCUUUCCCUCAUCCCGACACUUUCUCAAAAUCACUGCACCUCUGGCUCUGGUUAGUACGGCAAUCACCCCACCUUCUGUUUCAUCGCCUGAAACUAGCGUUGUUGCUCAACAAGAAGAAGAAGAAGAAGCGGAGCAAAGUGAUGAUUCGAGCUCGGCAUCUCUCCCUCCUCUCACGGGGUGUAAAGGGUGUGGAAGAGAGGAGAUUGAGAGGGGUUGUAAUGGUGAAGGAAGGAUUCAAGGUGGGAUUGCGACAGUCCCGGGCUUUGGCUGGUGGCCCAUAAAAGCUUACCGGCCUUGUCCUGCGUAUCUUCAGUCGGGCGGGAGGUACAGAAGAAGCGGCCAAAGCAUGGACGAGGUUGUCUCCGGACGUGGUGCUACUGUUAAGGUAAUCAAAAUACAUCAUUCUUUCAUUACUGCUUUUCACAUUUCAUUUUUGGACUUGAGAUGGUUGAUAAUUACUUCAAAAUGUAUUUCUACUGCAAAACUAGUGUCAUCAGAUUUCAGAGGAUUAUGCCUUGAACCUGAUUAUAUAUCCAACCUUCUGUUAUACCUGAAAUGAGGGCUGCAUUUUUCAUGUCUUGUUCAUCAGCAUUGUAUAUAUGUUUGUGAUGUGAAACUGCAUAUCACAUCAUUCAUCACUUUCUAUCUAACUAUACUUGCUUUCCUUCCGAUUGAAAAUUUUCCGAUUUCAGCAACAAAACUCAAAAAGGAAGGAUCUGGGAGAGUCAAGAGGUAACUAACUAACUAAGUGUUGAAGAAUGCUUCCUUCAAUGAACAACAUGCAGGUUUGAUUUCUAGCAUCAACAUUAGCCAUGAUCUGGUAUUUUUUCUGCUUCUUUCUGUCUAUCCUUUGUUGCUGUAACAAGACACAACUCCAGAUGAGUACACACAUUCGAAGCUAAAGCGUAUAUAAAAACUUUAUGUUUGUUUA